CUGUAAAGUAGACUCGGUGGACUGUGGAGUGCUCGCCUUUGUACUGCAGUAUCAAAAGGAAUUCUACUGUAUAAACCUGGAUAACAACAACAUUUCAGACUAUGGCAUUCGGCAGCUAAAACCAUUGUUCAGUAACCUGACCACCUUAAGGUAAAGAGGAGUAAUCGCCUCAGAAAUAUUACAAAACUAUUUCUGGCUGACCCAUUCUGUUCUGGGUUGGUCAAGCAUGACAACAAUUGCACGUUCCCCAUAGUUUGUAAUUAUUCCUAAUGGUUUGUAAUUAUGCUAUGCAGGCUUUGUGACAAUCAAAUCCGAGAUGAGGGUGUGGCUAUAUUUACAAAUGAAUUUCUGAAGUACAAAGCGUUAAAGGGACUCACACUUUUCACCAAUCAAAUCACUGACAUUGGCGCAAAACACAUUGCAAGGAUUAUUGAAGAGUGCCCCCAUUUCCGACGGCUUGCACUUGGAAACAACAGAAUUACCGGUGAGGGAGGGAGGUACUUGGCUAAUGCGAUUCAAAGGAGCAAAGCCAUCUACUAUGUGGGCAUGUGGGGUAACAAAAUUGGAGAUGAAGGAGCUAAACACUUUGCAGAGGCCAUCAGAAACCAUCCCAAUUUGUCAGCUGUGAGCCUUGCUGCCAAUGGAAUAACAUUCAGUGGAGGGAAAAGUCUGGCUGCUGCACUCAAAGAGAACACAGUUCUCAAGAGUCUCUGGUUGCAUGACAAUGAGUUGACAGACGAUAAUGCAGCAGAUUUUGCUGAAGUAAUAAGGUCCAGUACAACAAUACAUCAACUCUGGUUCAUAAACAACAAGAUGACGGUGAAUGGAGUCAGGCUACUGGCCAGUUCCCUUCAAUACAACCCAUCAAUUACAAUGUUGUGCAUGAAGGAUAACCUGCUUUCUGCCGAGGAAGUGAAGGAGUUUGAGAACGAGACCAGAAUGGUCUUCUGAUCAACAGCUGUAGGUGGAGCAGUGGCUGAUGCAGGACAUGCAUACAGUAGAACUAUAUACAUAGACAUAAACAAAAAUAUUAUUUUAUUUUUUAUUUAUUAUUUCUAUUUAUACUUUGCACUUUCUUCCACUACAAAUCUACCAUUCCAGUGUUUUACUUGCUAUAUUGUAUUUACUUUGCCACCAUGGCCUUUUUUUGCCUUUACCUCCCUUAUCUCACCUCAUUUGCUCACAUUGUAUAUAGACUUAUUUUUCUACUGUAUUAUUGACUGUAUGUUUGUUUUACUCCAUGUGUAACUCUGUGUUGUUGUAUGUUGUCGAACUGCUUUGCUUUAUCUUGGCCAGGUCGCAAUUGUAAAUGAGAACUUGUUCUCAACUUGCCUACCUGGUUAAAUAAAGGUGAAAUAAAAUAAAAUAAAUAAUUAAUUAAUUAAUUAAUCACUCAGAUGUACUGGAUAUAUCGUGAGCAUGACAUGACACAUUUUUUUCUUCAAUUAAAACAUUGCAUAAUUGAGAGCACAAUUUCGAUAGAGAUGUUUAAAAAUAUAUAUUUGAUCAAUAAUGCUGAAUUAUAAAUAUUGCAUCUUUCCAUAACUACACUGUUUAACUAUUAAUUAUUGUCAAAUACAACAUAGUGUACAGAAAGCACAUCAGAAAAUAAGUACAGAUAUAUACAGUAUAUACAGAUAUACUGUAUGGUUUCACUGAUCUCUUUCACGUACUCUUCAAUCUGUGAGCCAAUAUUUUAUCUUUUUUUAACUACAUUACGUUAUUAGUAUGCUGAUAGUUGUUGUUUAGGUAAUAGUAAAGUUGUAUUUAAUCAUAACUCAUUCUAUUUUGUGAUGUUAUUUGUAAUUAAGUUGUAGUACUGGUAAACAUUUGUAUGUCCAUUUAAUGCAGGUCACCAGUGAAAACAUUAUUGUUUUAUUUUUUGAGUUGUAUCAAAUAAAUAUGUCUAUUUGAUAAAUAUGUCUAUGGGGCGGCAGGAUAGCCUAGUGGUUAAAGCGUUGGACUAGUAACCGAAAGGUUGCAAGUUCAAAUCCCUGAGCUGCCAAGGUACAAAUCUAUUGUUCUGCCCCUGAACAAGGCAGUUAACCCCACUGUUCCUAGGCUGUCAUUGAAAAUAAGAAUUUGUUCUUAACUGACUUGCCUAGUUAAAUAAAGGUAAAUUUAAAGAACAGGAUUGCGAUUAUGAUUCUUUUUUUUUCUCAAUAAACAUCUAAAUUUAAAACUACAAAACUGUAGUGCCUACACAAUACUUUAUAAUGAUUGUGGGAAAGUAAUACAGUCUUAGUUUAUUCUAAAUGUAUGGCUCUGGCUACAUCUCUGAGUUUAUCCAGAACGCUGAAUGCUGCGGGGAGGUGUUAAAUCAAUGUGAAUAACAGAAUAAUUGAUGUGUUUAUUAUUUGUUUAUUUGUCUGUCUUAUACCGCCCAUGGAACUCUUCAUAUCAUAAUAUAUCAGGUAUGUUGUAAUUGUUGUAAUUGUUGUAAUUGUAUGUAACAUGAUGGACUGACUGGUUUAAAUGCGUAUGAUGUAUAUGUGAUGUAUAUGUGAUCCUUUUAAAUGGAAGGUGAUGCCAAAGAAACAUGUCCAUCCUGGAUGGACAAUAAAGUUUUAUUAUAUUCCA